CGCCAUGUCGACAUUAAAAAAAAAAGAAAAAAAAAGAAAAAGAAAAAAAAGUUCAAUAUUUCGUCUCCAGCUCCAAGUCCCCCAAACGGGCCCAAAACGACGAGUUUCUCACGUUUUGCUUCAUCGGCACGCUCUGUACCCGUUCGAUCUCUCGCUCAAAUUCUCAACGACGUUCUCGUCGACAAGGCUCUUGCCGGAGAAUUGACUUGGAGCAUAGGAGCUCUGGCAUUUACAGCCGAGCCACAAGAAGAAGAAGAAGAAGAAGAAGAUGGUGAAGAUCAACGUGAACUCCAUGGCUCGGAAAGUGGAGGUCGAUAAUCGGAUUCAUAUCCGAUUCUACUAUCGGAUAGCGGAAAAUCUUCUAAAACAGGCCAAUGUAUACAGGGAGGAAAAAAAUAUUGUAGAUUUGUACAUCAUGCUUCUCAGAUUUUCAAGUUUGGUAUCUGAAACUAUACCGUACCAUCGAGAUUACCAAGCUGUUCUACCCAAAGAAAGAAUACUAUAUAGGAAGAAAUUGAUAUCUGUCCUAGACGAGCUUGAAUCUUUGAAGCCUGAAUUUGAUCGCAGAGUGGGAGAACUUAAUAAGGGCCAUGCUGGAACUCAACUGCCUCAACUUGAUGGCCCAGAAAGGACUUUAUACAGUUCAGAGAAUUCUUCUUUAGAGUGGCCUGCUGUAAAUAAAAGGUUACCAACUAUAAGUUCUAAGCAGCCUGCAAGCAUGGCUACACAGUCAUCUUGGAAGUAUAACAAUGAUCAAUCCUUGGUCUUAUCAAAUUCUACGCUAAUCGACAAGCAGUUCCAAAAGCUAUCGAUUAAACCUCUUCCAAAUAAGGAUACUUUGUCUAGACAUUCAUUUUUAGGUCCAAAUGGUCUUCGAGGCCAGUGGCUUGGACCCACUGCAGAGAUUAAGGUUCAGUAUCCGAGCAGUGUAGGCUUGACCUCUAUUGAAAUUCCUGCAGAAAGCACAAGUCUGAAUCAGGCUGGACAAAGUGAUAUUGCGGUGGUAAAAGAUGGCAAUUCAGGGGGAAUUCAAUCUACAAUGGAUUCAGUUCUCUCAUUAGAUGAUGGCAGAUGGCUACAUACAGCUGAGGAUUCAUGCCCUGCAUUUAUUAAUGAAGCGAGGGAAGAUAUUUUCCAGUUAAGUAAUAUCCAUCAACCUUCUCCACCGCCUGUUCUUGCUCGAGUACAACAAGAUCAUGCUCCAAUUCCACCAUCAAAAGUUGCAGAUCCAAGACCUGGACCUGCAAAACCUUCUCAGGAUGGGAUGCCAAGUUCUAAUGCAUAUCAACAUCUACACGUUCCAGUAAAAAUGAUGGAGGAUUUCUUGAGAUUAGCUCAAGCAAAUACAGAAAAGAAUUUAGAAACUUGUGGUGUUCUUGCAGGUUCACUGAAAAACAGGGUUUUCCACAUCAGCACACUAAUAAUACCCAAGCAAGAAUCAACUUCUGAUUCGUGUCAAACAUUGAAUGAGGAAGAAAUAUUUGAAGUUCAAGACAGUUUAUCUCUUUUUCCUCUUGGGUGGAUUCAUACGCACCCAUCACAGACCUGUUUCAUGUCAUCAGUUGAUUUGCACACUCAUUAUUCAUACCAGAUAAUGUUACCAGAGGCAGUUGCCAUAGUUAUGGCUCCCACAGAUACAUCCAGUCCCCAUGGCAUAUUUCAUCUGUCUGACCCAGGUGGCGUAUCUGUCAUUCGAAAUUGUCAACAACGUGGGUUUCACCCCCAUGAAGAGCCUUCCGAUGGAAAUCCUAUUUAUGAGCACUGUUCUCAUGUCUAUAUAAAUCCCAAUUUAAAGUUUGAUGUUGUUGAUCUUCGGUGAGAUAUUCCAGAUGUUUAUCAAUUUUCAUGGCAUUUGCCAAGAAGGAUAAUUCUCACAAAGAAAAGGUACAUAUGUAUAUUCAGCGUACCUAAAAUUUACAUUGGCCUGACAGAAGUAUCGUCCAGAUUCAUGAAUAGGAACCUUUAUGAUCUAAUAGAGGGCAUACUUCUAUUGUAUAUCCAACUAUUAGAAUGAAAUUUCCUUCCGGCUUCAAUUAACAAAGUUAAUCUUUAUUAUAUAAGACUAGAGAUUGGGUUGAAUGUAAUUAAAGUUUUCGUUUAUUUUGAAACUUUAUGCAGGAUUUAGAACUGCUUUUGUAAAGGUAAUAACUUCAUCAUGUGUGUUUAGCAACAAUGUUAAGAGUUAUCAAAUGUUUACCAAAUUUAUUUUAUA